AUGCCGUCCCCAUCUAACCUCCUGGCCUCUUCCGUCCCCCGAAUCGGCGUCGCCGUCUUCAUCCUCCACACCGACCUGAAAUCACAAAAGCCCAAAUUCCUCCUCGGGAAGCGUCUGGGCUCGCACGGCGCCGGCACCUGGGCCUUGCCCGGUGGCCACCUGGAAUUCGGCGAGUCGUUCGAAGAGUGCGCGGCGCGCGAGGUGUGCGAGGAGACGGGACUGGAUGUGGGAGAGAUGGAGUUCCUCACGGCGACGAACGACGUUAUGCCGUUUGAGACGUCAAACAGUACCACCCAUGGGACGGAAGACAAGGAUCGUGCUGGAACAGUCAAAGGGAAACACUACGUGACCAUCUUCAUGACCGCGCGGGCGAAAAGGCCCGUUGAUGGUAACAGCCAAGCAGAGACCGACAACGCACCGCCAGAAGCACAACUCCUCGAACCAGACAAAUGCGCCGGCUGGGAAUGGGUCUCGUGGGACGACCUGACCCGGUGGGCGAGACCACAGCUUCUUGCACAGCCCGACGCUGCAGCAGAGAAAACUUCUACGAGUAUACAUGCACAUACAGAUGCACAUAUGCAUGCAGAGGGAGAUGCAGGAGCCGGCACCUCCCGCACGUUGUUCUCGCCCAUGAUCUCGCUUCUGGUCCAGCGUCCCGGCGUGGUUCCCGGCGGCCAGAAUGGAGGGACGUGA